CAAAUCAUGGGGCUUGUUGCACUGCUUGCUCUUGCACAAGGAACGCCCACCAGAAAGAAUAUGACAUGGCUGUGCAGAGUCUUCCUCCACCUCUGAUCUGUGUGGGCCGAGGUCGCAGCUGAAGCAGUACAGGUUCUGUUGAGCGAAGAGCCAGAUGGAAGACUUUGAAUACAGCUUGGAGAUCAGCGACCGAGACUGGGAGUGCUUCUUUGCAGAGUGUGAGGAGUGCAACCAGCUUCCUCCUUCAUUAGCACGUGUGGACGAUUCAGGAAUGAGUGAUUUUGAUGACCCUUUUCUAGCCCAAAGAGCCAGAAGAGUUGAUCCUACACCGGACUCUCUAGGAAAUGACCACCCUGUGGCCUGCCUCCCAGAGUGUGGUGGUUCUCUUCUUGUGGAGAGGUGCUUUGGGAAACAUGAGAGCAGUGGAUUUGAUAGCAUUCUCUCAGGCAGUGAGGAGGACCUACACCUGCAAUCUGUCAACAUAUUUUUUGAAAGGCUGAAAGGUCUAAGAGAGGCUGAGCCGGGCCCGGAUAGGGUUGGAAACAACAAGGAGACAAAGCAAGUGGAGCACCCAGUCAGUGAAAGGACUCUGUCAAAAAGCUGCCCUAAGGUGAACAUGCUGCCUGAUAGGGUGGAAAAAACCUUUGACAAAAUGACCGAGAGGCCUGUCGACACCAUCUGGAACAUCAAUGCAAGGAAAAUAGUUACAGCUGAGUCCAACUUUUCCUCAGAACCUGAAACCUGCAGCACCUCUCCCCUCAAUUUUUGCAAAUCACCUGAAACAGAGUUAUUCAUAACAGAGGAAGACUUCACAGACAGCGCAGUGGACGAGGCAGCACAGUGCAAUCGGCUUCAUGACUCAACAGAGAGCGUUGUUGGUUCAGACACAAAAAUUCAGCCCUACAGCCUGGAAAUGUGGAGAAGCAUGAAUGACAUCAAGCAAGAAGAGCCAUUGACAAGUCCAGAAGCUUUCUGUAAAACAUCCAGCUCCAGAGAAGAUCAAAUGUCUACCCCUGAGGGGUCUCAGUUUGUCUCCAUGAGGAGGAAGAGGAGAAAAAAGAGACGACUUAGUCUGGAGCCAUGUGAAGGUAGGCAUCCAUGUGAGAGGCACUCAAAGGAGGAGCAGUUAAUGGUAAAAGAGGGAAGACGUCUGUUUUUAUCAACAGAGACACUUGAUUUAAAAGAACAACAGAACAAUCUCACAUAUGUUCUUUCUCCGAAUCCCGCCACCAUCAAGUUCCCGGAGAAUUUCUCUGCUCAGGAAAUAAAAAUUGAGCUCUCCCUCUCUGUUUCCCCAAGUGACAAUCAAUGCCAACUAUUGCAACAAAGAAAAUGUACAGAUGGGAAUUAUUUAACCAAACACACAUCCAAGACCCCUCUGAGUCAAAGUGAUGACAAUGCUAAUGAUGCAGGAGAUUUAGAGCCAAACAAUGAGUUUCAGGUUGCAGAAUCACCCGGUAUGAUAGAAAAUUCCUGCUUGCCAGUUUCAGCUACUAAUAUGGAGACAGAAAAGUCAGAAAGUCAGAGGCAGGAGGUGGAAUCUGGCAAUCUUCGGCCCUCUGAUGAAAGAUAUGUGUCAGUCAGUGACUGUAAAAAUGAACAACAUGCAAAACAUUCAACAGCAGAGGUCAAAUCAGUCAGCCCUUUACCGAGCGCAGAAUCAUGUGCUCCUGUCAUGGCAGUCAUCCAAAACGACAAACUAUCUGCUGCUAAGUCCGACCUGGCCGCUGAGGCUGGAAAUUCUGGCCCGGACAAACGCACAGCGUGUCAAAGUGAUUCUGAGCGCCUAGAACAGCUGGAAAGGGAUGGUCCAAACACAUAUCAAAGUGACACCGCAGUGGAGGAGACUCACCUUUCUGUGCACACAACAGGAGGGAUUGCUUCUCAGCCUAGGGUGAGCUUCCAGGAUGAGACUUUGGAUAAAGCUACCAGUAUUUAUUCAACAUCAGAGAACAUUAAUAAGUUGCCAAACGAAAGCUGCUUAUCUGGAAAUGUUUCUGGUUUAGAUGCAGAACACCAAACAGAUCCUGCAGAGGUUCUAACUUCAAAUUUCUUCUCAGAGGAAAACAAAGAAGAAGAACUGUCACGAAUAUCCACAAGCAACAUUCAGACAGAAACUGAAGCUUCCCAAAGUGAAAACUUACAAACAGAAAUCACGCAUGUGUCAUCCUGUCGCAAUCUGGAUUCAGAAUCUAUCCUUUCACUUUCCAAUGAAAACCUCACAGACAAGUCUUUAGGUUUUUGUUCAUCUGUUAUUGAGCAUGAAUCUGUUCAAGAAGGAAAAGAAAAGCCAAAUCUCUUGACUGACCAGGAAGUAAACCAUGCUUCUUCUGGAUCCAGAAGGCAAGAAGAAUCAAAGUUUGACUCGGCAAGCGAAGCAGAGGAAGUUGUCACUUCAUCUAAAGAUUUGGACAAACUGGACAGGACGCCGAAUUCUGUGUUUGCCAUGUCGUCGUUUUGGAGGGAGAUGGAGAGACUGACAAUAAACGACAUUUUGGGUGUACGAAAUGCAGGCAAAUCUGCUCUACUUCCAGAUGUAAAAGAAAGUGAGGAAACGUUGGUUGAUUCAACCGUUUUAACUGAAGAGGAUGAGCCCAAGCUAGAAAAAGCCGCAAAAGAAAUGUGUGAAGUUGUUUCAUCAUCUUCACGAACAGCUAACUGGCACAGUGAACCUGUGCUAAUCAGCCAAAGUCCAGAUAUUUGUCCAGAGCGCACAGUGUUGGAAUCUGUGACUGAUUCAUCCCAACCUGUCCUCACCGAAAGGGCUCAAACAUGCCUUAAAAAGAUUUCUAAAACAGUCAGUGUGCACAAUUUACAGGCUCUGGAUUCAGAGUCUUUCAGUUACAUGUGCAAAUGUGAUGCGUUCCACAUCUUAGAAGAGCAGGAAACUAGAAACACGAGCUCACUCACUGGAACUUCAGCUGCUAAGAAAGACACAAUUUUACCUUCGUCCUCCACGAACACCUACAGGAUCUCAUUCACAGAUAUAUUUCAGUACUUCUUUGGAGAAAAACAGCCAGUUUCCAGCCAGCCAGCAAGAGAAGAUACAAGCACCUUCAGCACUAGUGGAAAUUCUGUCCCUGAAUCUUACGAUCAUUUCUUUUCAGAGUUUGACAAUGAGAGCUUUUUCUACCCUCUUUUUACAGCAGCAGAGAAAAACAAAGACAAGCCAGUUCCAAUAUUCUCCUACUCUCGCUCAACUAGCAGAAACUUCCAGUUCCCAGAAGCCUACGAGCAUUUCUUUGCUUCCUCCUCAUCUGACGAUUCCUCUGAUGAAGAAGAAAACUGCCGCCCUGUGAAGGUGGUAAGUAGGUUCAGCCGUAAAGUCAGCUCCCCUCAGAUUACCACUGAUGUAUACGAGGACUUCUUCACAGACGGCGACAUCACGAGGAAUCUCUUCUCUUUGAGUUCGCUCUCCUUCCGGAAGAUUAGUUUCACAGCACCCGCAGUCCAGGAUGAUGAGAGAAACUCGUUGGUCCCUCUAAAGCAGAGCUCCAGACACCGGGUUCAGAAGAUAGGUUUUCCUGUGAAUGCGCUGGGUGAUCCAGAUGCGAUGUUUCCCGAUCCACUGCUGUACCACCUGGAGGAAAGGAUUUCCACACAGCUCACACUGCUGCCUUGCAGAUACGAAGGCCUGGAGGUGGCUGUUUCUAAUCCAAGGUUAGAUGCCCCCCUCCUGCCUCUAAAACAAUCGGAUAUGUGUUUGGUUUGUAUUGCAUUUGCUUCAUGGGUGCUGAAGACUGCCAAUCCCCAAGUUGGGGAUGCCUGGAAGGCCGUUCUGCUGGCAAAUGUAAGUGCCCUGUCUGCCAUCAGAUACCUGCGCAAGUAUGUCAAAGUGGAAGCUGCAACCAGUGAGAAGUCCUCCUAUCCUGCUUUGACACAGUCUUGAGCUUUCUCCAUCCAAACAUGUCACGAGGCGUGAUCCUUUUUCUAUACAUCUCAUGAAAGCUCUAAAGGACAUAAGUCUUUAGAAGAAGCAUGUGUUUGCCCUAAAGUUUUGUUGACCUAUCUAGAAAUGAAUUUUCUGCUUCAGAUUGUUUAAUUGUUUGCUAAAUGUUUUGGAUUUUUUGUCCCUUAAAACCUAAGAGCAUUCAUGUAAGGUUUCAAUUGACCAAAGGCUAGAAAAACGUUUGGAGAAAUUUGUAAAUAAUGUAGCUAAAUGGAAAUGAGAGGCAGGUUUUCUCUGAGCUGUACAAAACUAAGAUGACAGAUGAAUGUAUGAUGAGAGAAAUGUGAAUUUGAGGCACUUUAACAUUUUAGUAGAAAGUCUUUGAGCCUUUUUUUCAUGUAGCAGAUGCUUGUAUUACAGUAUGUAAAAUAUUCUCAUUACUGAUUACUUGUUGAGUUGAAAGGGGUGGGAUCUGAUGUUGUAUUAAACAUGGCAGUUUACCAAAAGGAAAGGAAUGUUUUAUUUUAAGAACAGCAUUAUGUGCCAGUAUCAGUUAUAUAAUAAAUUACUUUUAAUAAAUAAAAUUUUGUUUGUGAUAGAUCAUAAGUAAAAGCCUGAGCAGUGUUGUAUUCCUGUUUAUGUGAAACUGAGCUGCUGGCUUAUUUAAAAGAAAAGACGACAAACCAG